UGAUUGUUAAUUUCUUAGUCUGUAGUUAGAUAGAAGCGAAGGCGUUGGUAUUUUAUAAAGAUAUUCCGGUUUAGCUCCAUAGUCUAAUAGUUUGUUUUAAAUUUCAUUGCGCGCUUAAUAAAUCAAAUAAUGUAGGUUUAGUUAUUUCUAAUAAUUCAAGCCUUGUUCGUUUGAAAAUAUGGAAGGGUCAGCGUUGAAAGCUUCUGGUCAAGAUGGCGAGGUUGCUAAACUGCAGCAGCACCUCUCACUUCUGAGAGAAGAAUAUAAAAAGUUACAAAUUCAUACGAACACCCUUGAAUCUAAAUUAGCACUAACAUCAUCCACGGGGAGGGUAGUUGAGAACAGUUAUCUGUCUCAGCUACAGAAGACUGUAUCCUCACUUCAUGAGUCGCCACUCUACAGCGACAUGAAAAUUACAUUAAAAGACAGGGAAAUCCCAGUCCAUAAAUUGGUAUUUGCUGCCCGCAUAAAUGAUGGAGGAAAUCUGACUGAUAUUAUCUCACUUGAUUGGAGCAACAUGGAGAAGAACAUAGCCCAGGUUCUCAUAAAAUGGAUUUAUACAGACUCUAUAGACUUUCCCCAGUCCGACGACUUCACCCUUUCAUUGAUGAAACAUGCCAGUGAGCUCCACUUGGAUGAACUCGUUAGCAGAUGCGAGAAGGCUCUAGUGUCCUCGGUGAAUGUGAGGAAUUGUAUUCGCUACUAUUCCUCCGCUGAUGAAAUAAAUGCGAAUACAUUGAAGGAGCAUUGUUCAUCUUUGAUCUCUACAUACUGGGAUGAUUUCACCAGUGAGGAUUUUAUUCAUAUGUCAGCUCCACUACUCUUUCACAUGUUUAAGAGUAAAACAAAGUUCCCUCUGCACUCAGCCAUACGGUUAAAAAGAGAGGAUGUUGUCUUCUUAUAUCUUGUCGAUAACCCUGAUGAGUUGACAACCAUCCUGAACUGUAUCGACAAUAAGGGAGAUCUUCCAUUGGACUUGGCCUUACAAGCCAGGGAAAUGAGCAUUGCAACGACUUUGCUGCAGAAUGGAGCAGACCCUGACUGCCAAGAUACUCACGGAUAUACCCUGCUUCAUAAAGCAGUCAAUAGAGGAGACAAUCACUCUUCGAAAUUCCUGUUGGAAAAUGGAGCGUCAGUGUCCUUAGUGACUCCUGACAAUGGAGACACGGCCUUACAUCUAAUCGCCUCAUGUUCACCGGACACAACCCUGGAGGAGACCAUCUCAGCUAUGGCUGACAUCGCUAGGCUUCUGUUAGAUCGGGGUUUAAACCCUAAUCUUCAAAACAAGUUGGGCUUUACGGCUCUGCACCUUGCCGUAAUGGCCAGAAACGAAGAGGUCUUUACCCUUCUACUAUCAAAAUCAAGCAAGCAGCUGAUUGAUAUGAACAUCCGCACACUGGAUGGACAUACCGCACUCUGGUUCGCCCUCAUCCGGACCACCAGCUCAGAACUGUACAGCUGUAACAGCUUCGCUGCCCGCCUUGUGGAAAAGGGGGCCAUUCCGAAUCCGAUAUAUCCUGGUAAUGGCAACAGCUUGCUCCACCUGGUAGCUAUGGAGGGCCUUGAGGACGCAGGACUAUUUCUGUGCAACCACAUACACAAUAUCGACCAUAUCAACCGGCAGGGUGAAACUGCACUUCACCUCGCUGCAGAUAGAGAUCUGGGCCGGUUGAUAACUAAACUGCUAGAGUGUGGAGCCAAUCCUAACAUCCAAACACUCCCACCUGAGCAUGUUGCUUUGUCCGACGGGACCGAGUGCAGAAUCUAUCGACAAAGCUGUAUUCACAGGGCAAUAUCUCGUGGCAACUUGGGUGCAGUGAAAGCUUUAUUGGAACACAAAGUUACAGCCGAGGACUCCAAGGAUUCUGUAGUCGCUAAUCUGAAUCUCCGAGAUUCUCAAGGAAAUACUCCGCUGUCCUUGGCGCUUUCACUCGGAAUGCAGAAUAUUGUGGCCGAUCUCAUCCAAGGAGGUGCCGAUGUAAAUAUCCGCAAUGCUGAAGGCUAUACGCUUCUACAUCAGGCCAUUAGAAAAGAGAAUGUGCAGGGCGCUAUAUUUCUCCUGAACCAGGGCGCGAACAUCGAUGCCAAAACGAUGAGCGAAGAGACCCCUUUGGAAUUAGCGAUCCAGUACAAUUUGCCUGAUGUGGUGGAGGCAUUGUGUCGCCGUGGUGUUGAUCUGUCUUCCGUGGACAAACAGAACAAUUGUGCCUUAUGGGCUGCCUUGGAGAAAGGAUACGAAGACAUAGCUAUUAUUCUUGUCAAAAAUGGUGUCGACACAGACAAUUGGAGCGAGGGGCCCGAAGGAUGCUACCAGACUCUCUUGCAUAGAGCAAUCGAUGAAAAUAAGGAGACGAUAGCCAAGUUUCUCGUCCAGAGUGGAUGUGACUUGGAUACGCCGAGGCGAGCAGGACCAGGGGGCAGAGGAGGGGAGGAAGCCCAUGACCAGCAGAGUCCCCUCCACUUGUGUUGUCAAUGGGGUUUAGAAUCAGUAGUGCAAAAGUUGGUAGAACACGGAGCCAACAUCAACGUUAUAGACGCGGAAGGGAAGACUCCAUUCCACAUUGCAAUUCUGAACCAACACCAUUCAAUAAUCAGUUUACUCCUGUGCCACCCAUUCUUAGAUCUGACAAUUCCUGAUAAACAAGGACUGACUCCUUUCGCUACAGCACUGUCAUGUCGCAAUAACAAGGCAGCUCAGGCAGUGCGCGACAAGCUUCCCACCGCUGCGGAACAGUUCGACAGUAAGGGUCGUAACUUCUUGCACAUGGCGAUUCAGAAGAAUGAUGUAGAGAGUGUUUUAUUCUUGCUCUCAAUUCAAGUUGAUGUAAACUCUCGGGUACGGGACGCCAACCAGAGCUCCCCCCUCCACCUGGCCGCUGAGACUGGUAACGAGUUGAUUGUGCGCAGUCUGCUACUCGCAGGAGCAAGGGCAGAUGACCGAGAUGGCCACCGCCGUACAGCCCUGCACGUGGCAGCGGAGGCAGGACACGCAGCUGUAGUCAGCGCUCUUCUGCAGAAUGGCACUGACUAUGAUGCCACUGAUGCUGAAGGGGACAAUGCUCUUCACGUAGCGGUUAGAGAGGGUCAUCUGGCAGUCGUAAGGGCCCUUCUUACAGAAUCCAGACUGGACGCUGAGGCGGUCAACUUAAAAGGCCGCAAUCCCCUGCACACGCUUGCUCGAUAUGCUAAAGACAAUGCAUACACCAUCUGUGACUUGUUUGUGGAGUGUAUGCCACAGUACCCUCUGGACAAGCCCGACCUGGAGGGCAACACAGCUCUCAUUUUGGCAUACACAAAAGGCAACGGAAACCUGUGUCGCUGUUUGGUGAAGGCAGGCGCGUGCGUGGGAGCCAUGAAUAAGGAUGGCGUAACCAUAUUUAACUAUCAAGUAGCGUCUAAUUCAAAAACCCUACUCAAGAGGUUGUUGGACAACCUGUCUCAGGAGCCUCCAUGGGUGGAAGGUGACAUCUGCCUUGAGUGUGGGACCAAGUUCGGACUCACUAUGCGGAAACACCAUUGCCGCCAUUGUGGCCGCCUCUUGUGUAGCAAAUGUUCGGGACAGGAAGUUCCCAUCCUCAAGUUCAAUCUACACAGGCCAGUCCGAGUGUGUGCAGUGUGCUUCGAAUUGCUCCAUGUCGGUGUUUCGUAGUAGUGCUUGUUAAUUCUACUAAACUGACUAUCUGUUUUGUUCUAUAUUCCUUACUAAAUGCAUUUAAAUAUUUUCAUAAGUAAAUAAUAUAAAUACAUGUUAUAAUUCUAUUUUUUGUACAAAACCAAUUAGCACAAUGUGUACUAUUGGAUACAUGUAUAUUGUAAACUGUUAAAAACAAUUUUCAUUUUAGUUAUUGUUAAGUGAUAGUUAACAUUGUGUUCAAGUUAAUAUUUAAAUAAGUGUCAUUGUUAAACAUAAUAAUGUUUAGUUACUGUAUAAGCUCAUUGUUUAUCCAAUGUAAUUAAGUUACAUCUUUUGUUAAAAGAAUACAUUGACUUAUAAUAAA